UUACUUCGUGCAAACGUGUGGGUGUCUCGUCCUCUCUUCAGUAUGUGAACGCGCACAGAAGCGCGCCCCCGCGGUCCUCUCUCGCAGUCUAUAGUCAUGGCUGCUUUCAGCAAGAUACCGCACAACUGCUAUGAAAUUGGCCACACUUGGGACCCGUCUUGUGUGCGUUCCGCGGUGGAUGUAACAAGGGGAGCAUUGGAGGUCUCCUUUAAAAUAUACGCCCCGCUUUACUUGAUAGCAGCUUUGUUGAGGAGAAGGAAAAAGGAUUACUAUUAUAAAAGACUUAUUCCAGAGAUACUGCAAUCUACCUCUUUCCUCACUGCUAAUGGAGGUCUCUAUAUAGUCUUCUUUUGCAUUCUCAGGAAAUUGUUGGGUGGUUUUUACUCAUGGUCAGCAGGUUUUGGCUCAGCUCUACCUGCCUCAUACAUUGCCAUUCUCCUAGAGCGUAAGAGCAGGAGAGGACUUCUGACAAUAUACAUGGCAAAUCUUGCUACUGAGACACUGUUUCGCAUGGCAGUAACUAGAGGCAUUGUCAAACCCAUCAAACAUGGAGAAGUGCUUUUGUUCUGCAUAACGGCAUCUCUGUAUAUGUUCUUCUUCAGGAGGAAAGAUGGUCUUAAAGGCUUUGCCUUUUCAGCAUUAAAAUUCAUCAUUGGGAAGGAGGAGAUCCCAUCAAAUCCAGCCACAGGUGAUGACAGUCACCCAAGACCCCAAGAAAGGCCAGCUGCCAUAGAAGCAGUGGAUCCACCGGUGUCAGCACGAAGAGCCAUCUCCAGGAGGAGAAAUCUGGUCACCUAUACAAGAGAACUACUAGAAUUAUUAUGCAAACAAGGCCCAAGACACAGAUGUUGCAAGCAUCAUCAUGAUAACUGCAUCUCCUAUUGUGUCAAAGGUUUCAUUAGGAUGUUCAGCGUUGGAUAUUUGAUUCAGUGUUGUUUAAAAGUGCCCUCCGCCUUCAGACAGUUGUUCUCAAAACCAUCACGUCUACCAUCUCUUUUCUACAACAAAGAAAACUUUCAGCUUGGAGCUUUUCUUGGCUCUUUUGUUAGUAUUUACAAGGGAACAAGUUGCCUGUUACGCUGGUUACGUAAUAUUGAUGAUGAGCUUCAUGCUCUAAUAGCGGGGUUUUUGGCUGGAAUGUCUAUGUUCUUUUACAAGAGCACAACAAUAUCAAUGUACCUCUUCUCAAAGCUGGUUGAGACCAUGUACUUCAAGGGCAUUGAGGCAGGCCGGUUCCCUUACUUUCCACAUGCAGAUACAAUUUUAUACGCAGUCUCCACAGCCAUCUGUUUCCAAGCGGCUGUUAUGGAAGUACAGAACCUCAGGCCAUCGUACUGGAAGUUUUUGCUUCGUUUGACAAAAGGGAGGUUUGCUUUGAUGAAUCGCCAAGUGUUGGAUGUGUUUGGAACUCAAGCUUCCCGGGAUAUGAAUGGUUUUGUUCCCAAAUUGGACCCAAGGUACACCACAGUACCCAGCCAAAUACUUAACCCAGAAGAUGACAUCCAGCUGGGAUGAUGUGGGACCUGCCUGUUGGUUUUCUUAAACCUGACAGCUUGGUUUCACUAAAUAUUAUUAUAACUGGUUGGUUACUUGACAAAGCAAGAAAUGCUAUGUAACAUGUACUUGGGAUAAUGUAGCAUUUCUAAACUAAAGCACUAGCAUUAGUUUGGGAGAUAAUGGACAGUGAUAAAACCUCAACUGUUAAAAUGGUUGAAAUUUCUUUUAUAUAUAUAUAUAUAUAAGGUAUCUUCCAAAAUUUGUUCAUGAAAAAACAAACGAUAGAUUAACUUGACUACUUUGACUAGACACAAUGACCGAAAAAAUUAAAUGUGUUGAAAGGGGGGCCUAUUUUUUAUUGAUUCAUUUUAUCUGUAGUUGUUUAUUACCAUAUGCGUUACAUAUGAGUUAAUAAGUUUCAAAUUCUGACACGGUACUUGAUAAGGUUGCAAAAACUAUCACUGAAAAGACGUCUUUGACAUCAUAGUUUUUUAGGAGUUUAUUUUUGCAGUUUCUGAGAACCCUGAACAUGAUGAUAUCUAUGCUCAAAUGCUUUUUGAGGUUCCACAUUGCAAACAAAAGAAGUGCAAAUGCAUGUUUUUUGCUUAUUUCUAUUAUAUUUCAGUUGUAAUUAUUGACAGUAGUUAUUCCAGUUCAUUCCAGUUAAAGCUAAAUCACUAAAUAUGUUUACACAACUGAAUUAUGUAUGAAUAAUUUGUUUACAGUAAAUCUACCGACUAUUUUCAGCUUUAGACACACUUUACCUCCAUACCAAAAGCCAUUAUUGUACAAAUGCAGUGUAUUUAUAAUGGAAUACGUUAUUUUACCCAUAGACUGUCUAUGAUACUACUCUAAAAUGUGAUGUUAAUCUAUACACGUUCUGUUAAAGGAUGUCAAUAACAAGUUGUAUUAAACAUUUUUGAUUACUAAUUGA